GUAUUGCAAUUAUGCAGGUAAUAGUUUCGAUAAUGGCAAGCUGAUAGAAGAGUGGCAAAUAAACACGACAAUGUAUCGAAAAUAUCAGUGUCGGACAGAUUAUAUCAGUAAUAUUCCAGACUUGGGGGAUAUUGAGUUUAAGUGCAUUUUCAUUCCGAUGUUAGGAUCAUAUGAAUGGAGAGCCACUACAGCUUCAAUAACUGAAGGCGGUUAUUUAUAUCUACGAAAUGUGACAUGCAAAACAAUGAAAACAUGUUCAGACCCACCAUUGCCAAAGAACAUGACUAGAGAAAUAACGACUAGGUACCUAAUCCCGGUCACCAUCAAUAACGAUAAGAGAGGCAUACACGAUUUCUACACUGGUGAUACAAUAAAGUACGGAUGUAAACCCGGUUAUAUACUAUCGAAUGAAUUGGAUACAUUAUUCCUUUCUGAUGUUAACUACUUUGACUAUGACGAAUCAACAACAACAACAACAACGACAACUGCAGCACCUGUCACAGUGUUAAAGCAAAUCACUUGCAAUGGGAAUGGAUUUUGGAACGGCUUUCCCGAUUCUGAAUUGUUCUUCGGUGAAUGUCAAGCAAUAGAAUGUGAUGCAACUCCUUUUGCUGAAAUAAGUAAUGGUAAUAUUACCAACUUUAAAGCAACUUACGAAUUUCUUGAAGAGAUGACAUUAGAAUGCGAUGACGGAUAUCGGCAUAUCGGCGGCGUUAAUUCUGCUAUUUGCUCGACACCAUCAAGCUUCAGCGAAUUAUUUUAUUUGAGUAAUUUUGGCUGCGAACGAAUCUAUUGUAUUGAACCGGAGAGCCCAAGCAACGGCUUUCUAAGAAUGGACCAUAACUAUGUUAAUGGAACAGUUAUUUACGAAUGCGAAUCCGGUUAUGACAUAAUUGGAUAUCCGGAGUGGAGAUGCCAAUCAAACGGAAAAUGGGACCACGAUUGUGUAAAAUGUGCCAGUGAAGAUGCAUACUGUUCUCCGCCGUGUUUGCCACCUGGAGCUAUGAUUACAAAUUCUUCAGGGAGUUUUCAGAUGGGUGGCGUGCUACAUUUUACAUGUAAAUCCGGCAAAAUAUAUGGAGGAUCUACUAAUCGGACCUGCAUGAAGAAUAGAUACUGGAGUGGCACCCCUAUAGAUUGUACAGGGGCGUCUUUGUUUGAUUCUUUUGUGGGGAUAGAACUGUUAUCAGCUAUGAAACAGAUUUCAGAAAACAGAACGGAGGAUUCGGUUAAAAAAGAUACUACCAUUGGUAUGAACAUGGACAGCGUAGACGUUUACCUGCUUGUUGACAUAUCUAAAAGUAUUACACGGGAAAAGUUAAACACAACUUUAACUUUUCUAUUAGCUUUAAUCACAGAGCUCAAUAUAAGUGAUGAAGAGACUGGUACAAGGCUAGCACUAACUUUCUUUGCCUCUAAACCAAAAAGGAUGUUUGACCAACAUUCAGAUUUUGAACCAACACCAUUUAGGUCAUACAGCGAAGCAAUAAAGGAAAUUAGAACGUAUAUGAAUAACGAGGAACUACUUAGAAUAAGUCAAGAAACCAAUCACGGGACUGCAAUAGCAGCGGCAUUGGAUGACGUACUUGUCCAACUUGGAACUAAAUCGGUUAUGUUUAAAAGAAAUGGUGGCAGGAUAUCCAAGCAAGUUUUGAUUAUUAUAAGUGACGGACUAUUUACAACAAUGGGUGAUCCAACUAUUGUCGCUUCAAGACUUAAAGUGGAUUAUGGGGUGGAAAUAUAUUCAAUUGCAAUUGGGGACCAUACAGAUACCGCCGGCUUUAAUACGAUGAGCAACCUGGCUUCACACAUUGAAAAUGAACAACAUUUCUUUCAAAUAAGUAAUGAUGAAGCUGACUUAAAUAUGGUUAUAAAAAAUAUGAUCAACAAAGAUAAUUAUGACAUAUCCUGUGGAUUAACAAAGUCCCAUUUAACAGAGAUCUCAAAUCUAACAGAAAACAGAUAUGAAGUAGAUGCCAAAAGAAAUGCUUGGCCAUGGAUGGCAGAGCUCCGAACGAGUAGGACACACGUUUGCGGGGGCUCUUUGAUAGGAGAUAGAUGGAUCCUAACGGCUGCUCAUUGCUUUUCUAGAAGGAAAGUUACAAAAGUUCACUUGAGAAAACUUGAAUUGCAUGAAGAAAUAGGAAUCGAAGAGCAAGAGAUCUCACAGAAGAAUAUAUAUGUACACCCAAGAUACGACGAAAAGAAUAAACCUUCAAGACUGUAUGACAUUGCAUUAGUUAAACUAGAUGAAAGGAUAGGACGGAAACCCGAUCUGCUGCCAGUUUGCUUAUGGGACAAAACCAUUGAAAGCAAAACUAAUGUUAUCUAUGAAAAACUUUUUACUAAAACAUACGGUGUCGUCACUGGUUGGGGUAAAAGAAACAUGAGAUCUUUUAACUAUGCAAGAACGCUGAAACAAAUGCAAAUGGAAGUGAAAUCAUCCAAGGAAUGUCUUGAAAACUUGACGUCGGAAGAGAAGGCUGAAGUCAGUACUGAUCUUAUGUUUUGCGCCGGUGGAGAAGAAAAAGUCGGGGAUGAGAUCCAAUACAUUCACGCAUGCGCGGGAGAUAGUGGCGGUCCUUUUGUUGUCCGUCAUCCACUGGAUGAAAACAAAUUCCUUCAGAUCGGGAUAGUUUCAUUUGGGUUCACGUGCAAGGAAGAGGGCAGAUAUGGAUUCUACACUAAGCUCACAGAAGAACUUCUAGGCUGGAUAAAUAUCACGAUAGAGAAAGAAAAUAAUAAAGAUAAUUAUGACAUAUCUUGUGGAUCAACACAGUCCCAUUUAACAGAGAUCUCAAAUCCAACAAAAAACACAUAUGAAGUCGAUGCCCAAAGAAAUGCUUGGCCAUGGAUGGCAGAGCUUCGAACGAGUUGGACUCACGUUUGCGGGGGCUCAUUGAUAGGAGAUAGAUGGAUUCUUACGGCUGCUCAUUGCUUCUCUACAAGGAAAGUUACAAAAGUUCACUUGAGAAAACUUGAAUUGUAUGAAGAAAUAGGAAUCGAAGAGCAAGAGAUCUCACAGGAGAAUAUAUAUGUACACCCAGGAUACGACGAAAAGAACAAACCUAAAAGACUGUAUAACAUUGCAUUAGUUAAACUAGAUGAAAGGAUAGAACGGAAACCCGAGUUGCUGCCAGUUUGCUUAUGGGACAAAACCAUUUAAAGCAAAACUAAUGUUACCUAUGAAAAACUUUUUACUAAAACAUACGGUGUCGUCACUGGUUGGGGUAAAAGAAACAUGAGAUCUUUUAACUAUGCAAGAACGCUGAAACAAAUGCAAAUGGAAGUGAAAUCAUCCAAGGAAUGUCUGGAAAACUUGACGACCGUAGAGAAGGCUGAAGUCAACACUGAGCUUAUGUUUUGCGCCGGUGGAGAAG